CAUCCUUACAAUCCACACUGACAAUAAAAGUUAAUGUUUAUCAGUUUAUGACACCCAAAUAGUAAUAAAAUUCACAGUGCUAAACGUAAUUGUUGAGAUGUGAAACUGUGCGUAAUAUUUAAACAAUGUGAGUGAUUUACAUCAAACGGAAGCAUUAAUGAAACCUCGAACGAAAUACCAAUCAAAUUUCCUGUAGGCACUCUGAAAUACUUCUUAUCGUACAUCUAGAGCAACCUUGAUAAUGUCAUUCAAAUUGCUUUAGAUAGUGCUAAUAAUGAACAGCUAUCACCACAACGUGUAAUGUACCGAUUACAAAAUAUGCCAAAGGCUAAACAUAACCUAUAACUUCAAACUGGAGUCGUAAUGAGCGCUAUACUCAGACAAAUAAACGCCGUAGGAUGGCACCGACUCCUAGGAGCUUUCCUGUUCAUCUGGCUGGUAAUACUAGUGUUCACAGCAUUCCCUAUGCUGGGUACCCACAUGUCAUCGUCAGACACCAAAACCUCAGAACGACUAACCAGAGCUUUGGCCGAUUUGGAAGCCUUGCGGCGCCAGAACACAGAGUUACAAGAGAUAUUCAGGGACAUCAAUCUAGAAUCUUUGAAAGGCGACCAGAAAGAAGCCAUUGAAAACUUCCAGUACCGCCUGACUAAAGCGGAGCAUACCUACACCAAAAACCAGCUCGGUUAUGUGAGUUCCAAGGAGGAACCUAACACUCAGUAUGAACUCUUGAGGAGGCGGAUUUUCAGUAACACCAAAGAGUUUUGGUACUUUAUACAUUCGGGUCUAUUGGAGCUUCAGAAAAGGGUUCAGGAAGCAACCCCUGAUGUUUCUGAUCACAUUCAGUACAUGUUGAAUUUGGGAGCAGAGCACAAACGGUCGUUAUUGCACGACGUGGAUCAGUUGGCUGAAGUUGAUGGGUAUGCAACGUGGAGAGAAAAAGAGAGUAAUGACUUGAGUGAGUUGGUGCAGAAGAGGUUUCGGUAUUUACAAAAUCCAGCUGACUGUAAAACUGCCAAAAAGUUAAUAUGUAGCUUAAAUAAGGGUUGUGGAUACGGUUGCCAAUUGCACCACGCAGUAUACUGUUUCAUGGUAGCAUAUGGAACAAAACGAACUUUAAUCCUAAAAUCGAGAGGAUGGCGCUACCACAAAGCCGGCUGGGAAGAAAUUUUCCAACCAAUCAGCGACACUUGUAGAGAUCCAAGUGGCGAAAGUACUAGUAACUGGCCUGGUAGUGCAGAUACUCAAGUCCUGAAUCUUCCAAUAAUAGACUCGCUUUCACCGCGUCCGCCAUUUUUACCAUUAGCAAUACCCGAAGACUUGGCCCCACGGUUAACUAGGCUACAUGGGGAUCCGAUCGUGUGGUGGGUCGGACAAAUUUUGAAGUAUCUUCUGAGACCACAACCCAAAACUGCUGCCGCGAUACAAGAAACGAUGACUCGAAUGGGAUUCAAGAGGCCUAUUGUUGGAGUGCACGUGCGCAGAACUGAUAAAGUAGGCACGGAGGCCGCUUACCACGGUAUCGAGGAGUAUAUGGCUGCUGUGGAAGACUAUUAUAAGCAAUUAGAACUAAAAGAAACUAUCGAUAAAAGACGAAUUUACCUAGCUACCGAUGAUCCGAAAGUAAUUUUGGACGCUAAAAACAAGUACCCACAGUAUGAAGUUAUUGGCGAUCCGUCAAUAUCGAAGACGGCGGGAAUUUCGACGAGGUAUUCAGAUUCAUCGUUGUUUGGCAUCAUCAACGAUAUUCACAUGUUAUCCAUGAGCGAUUACGUAGUGUGCACUUUCUCGUCUCAGGUAUGUCGGGUGGCCUACGAAUUAAUGCAAAACUACUUUCCCGACGCGUCAGCUCGUUUCCGGUCUUUAGAUGACAUCUAUUACUACGGCGGCCAAAAUGCUCACAACACCAUCGCCGUUUUGCCCCACGAUCCCAAGAAGCCUGGCGAAAUGAGCGUGAUCGCUGGAGAUCUCAUCGGAGUAGCCGGGAAUCACUGGAACGGCUUCAGCAAAGGCCGGAACUUGAGAACCAAUCAAAUCGCUCUGUAUCCCAGCUUUAAAGUUAAUGACAAAAUAGAAACAGCCAAAUUUCCCACGUACGCAGAAGUGAAUAAACGUGACCCCGAAGACCAAUAACUUUUAAGUUAUGAAUGUGAUAGGUUUAUUUUUGUUUGUUGAUUUUCUGUGAGAAUUUUGGCGGAUUGGGUAACUACAGGUAUACUAGUCUUAUUUGCAGAGUGAAUAGCAAAAUUAGAUUUUGUAUUGUUGGAACGAUUUAAAUUUUAAAUUCGGUUUGUGAUAUGGUAGGAACUGGUAUUAAAUACCGUCAGGGACAUUUCAAGCACACGGUAGAAUAGUAACUUUAAAGUAAGUUCUGCUCAUUUAACGUGCAACUUUAUGUAAAAGGUGCAAUACAAUAACAAGCGAAAAACGAGCUUAACAGAGUUUAUUUUCGUUGUAAAUAUUAACGUAAUAUUAUAGUUUAUAUAUUUUAUGUUGUUAUCGAGUUGAACAACUAAUUGAAGUUUUAUUAAAAGACGACGUCCCAUGUAUAUUGAGUGAAUAUUUUUUGUUUCACAUAUCCGUGGGUUCAGUAUGAUAGAUAUGUGCCAAAAAUAUUCGCUAUUCAUUUAUUUUGCAUACGAAUCCAAAUUUAAAGGCUAUUGGCGCUAUAUAAUGAAUUCGAGAUGGAAAAAUCCAUUGCAAUCAUUACAUAAAGUGGGUUUUCUCAUUUUCCUAUAAAUUUAAUCUCAAGUCAAAGGUCACUCGUAAAUAUCACUAUCCAGAUUAUGUUAAUAUGAGAAGUAAGUAGAACAGUGUGAAAUGUAUAUAGAGGUAGUGAUUACAUGGUUUUGCUUUCAAAGUUUGUAACUAUUUUGCAUAGUUGCCUUCUUUGAACGAACAAUAAUCACAAUUUAUUAGGUUACUUGUAAUAAAAUAUUUUCACAAAA